AUGGGCUGCGUUACAAGACAAAGUAAGUAAUAUACGUACAGCAUCUUUUCAAGGUAUAAUUAAUAACAUAUUAUGUUAUUAACGAUACUACGAAUGCUGAAUGAACCCUCUUAGGACCUCUUAAUAUAAGUUCCGUAACACGGAUGUUCACGGAAGGAAUUUUGUCUUUGUCUUCGAGAGCAUGUAUCCAUCGACAGUUCACAAAGGUCUCGGUCGGAUAACCUGAAAUCUCAUUAACGGGGCUAUCCGGCUCUUCCCUUUAACCUAUGGCAAAUUUUUGAAAAUAAAAUCUUGUAAGGGUAGAUCCCAAAAAACGAGUCCUUCGUGUAGGCCAAACUGCUUUAUGAAAAAAGAUCAUCGGCAAUGCUUUUUUUUUUACAUGCAGUAGGGAGCCUUGACAUGGGUUUUAUUCUCUUUUUCCUUUGUUUUACGUUACUUAAGUUCACCUUAUACUCAUCAUGGAGUACUUGCCAUAUGGUGACCUACUUGAUUACUUGAUAAAAUGCCAAGGAGCGAGGGAUCGGUAUUAUCUUGGUGAGGGAAGAGCUCAGGAUUUGACCAACUACGAUCUCGUGUUGUUUGCCAAACAAAUCGCCGCCGGCAUGGUGUUCCUUGGAACGCGAGGGGUAAGUGGAAUACUUAUCACGUGUCAAUUCUAACUCAGAAAAAUGUUUCAGAGAUUUAAACUUUUCAUUUUUCAAUAGCUCGGAUUUUGGCCAACAUUUUUGACCGCUUUUGAAUAAGAUGAACCUCUAAGACUUUUUUUUAGCCAUGAUGCUUUUUGUUGACUUUAGCAGGUCACUGCAGAUGUCAACGAAAUAGGCCAAAAUACACGAAAGUAAGAUUCAUAAUAAUUCGGUUGCCAAGCCUCACAAAAGCCCAGCUAUGAUUAUCUGGGAUGGUAUAAAAGUAGGCCGAAAAAGAAACCCUUACAGCUGUCAAAGGUCGAGUAUGCGCUGAUGGUUCAUUGGAACUCCCUAGAAAUCAGUAAAAGGAAACAAAGGUAAAGAGAAAACCAUCUUGUCUUUGUCUUUUGAAACUUAAAAAUAAUAAAUGAAUACAAAAUUACAACAAUUGAUGAAGUAAAGGUGAUGAGAAAGAAAUACACUGAGCCAACUUGAAACGAUAAUUCUUACAUUGUUACGAUUACUGCAAAACUGCGCUUGACGAAAAAACACUGUCCGAAGACGAAAUGGAGAGUAAAGGAACUGCUUUAAAUGCUUGAAUGCGAACCAGGA